AUGUCUGCAAGUCAACUCUUGGACUCAUGUGUCUUGGUGAAUAGGAGGGUGGAACACAGGCAAGAACAUAGCAUCACUCACACUGAAAUCACCCAAAGGAGAAUAUUACAAGAACAAGGUCCAGAUAUGCAGCACUACAAGGGCCCAGAAGUGUCCAGUACUUUAAGCGACGGCGUGUACCAUCCACAUAGUAAUGGGCAUUCGGAGCAUUCUCCAAAUUCAAGCCACAUGUCUGUUCAUAGCGAUGAGCCAUUAGUUCGAACUCAGAAGCAACAAACAACGCAACAAGUGACGACUGUAACGAAAGUGGUACGAGAAGUGUCUCAACUAGGAGAUCCAUCCGGUGAAUACAUUCCUGUCCCGUUGGGAUCAUAUUCGCAUCCUCAAUACGUCGAUUACAUUGAACAACCUCACCACAUGUAUUCUCAAUAUCACCACCAACACCCGCAUUAUCAGGACUAUGAUCACUACCCCAACCCGUACGGUGCCUACAUGGGCUAUCCCACCGGUGCUGAAAGGCCUCCGACUCCUCCUAGUCCAAGUGAGCACAGCGGCGACCCUUCGCCCCUGCCAUUGACUUCACAACCUAAUCCCACCUACUUGGGUUCAGGGUACGAUGAACUCCCCGAACACUACAGGGUCACCCCCUCGCCCGGUGGACCGAUAGGAAUAGACCCUUAUCAAGAUGAUUCGGCCGUCGUGUACGGUUACGUGUCGCCUUCCCCAUACGGUACAGCUCCCAGUCUGUCACGCCCUUAUGUAGAUAGUAUCAACGGACCAGUUCCAGUAGGAGCAACGAUGAGAAUGUUCGAGGACGAGGACCUUCAAAAGCACAUAAGCAAGAUGUCCCUGCACGGUCACAACGUCGGGCUACCUCACGAUAGGGCGCAUAAUAUCGCCUCUCCGGGCAGCAUCGGAGGCGACGACGACCAAAGGGGAAUGCGCUGGCGUGACCCAAAUCUAACCGAAGUCAUCGGAUUCCUCAGCAAUCCCAACAAUGUGAUCAAAGCCAACGCGGCAGCCUAUUUGCAACAUCUGUGUUAUAUGGACGACCCUAACAAACAAAAAACAAGAGCACUCGGCGGGAUACCUCCUUUAGUUAAGUUAUUAAGUCAUGACAGUAUAGAGGUAUAUAGGAAUGCCUGUGGAGCUUUAAGGAAUCUCUCUUAUGGUAGACAAAACGACGAGAACAAACGAGCGAUCAAAAACGCCGGCGGUAUACCAGCUCUGAUAACGCUGUUAAGACGAUCGAACGAAGCUGAAAUUAAGGAACUCGUCACCGGCGUUAUUUGGAACAUGUCGUCGUGCGAAGAUUUGAAAAGGAACAUUAUAGACGACGGCGUAGCAACAAUUGUUACAUAUAUUAUAAUACCACAUUCCGGUUGGGAUUUGCAAGGCAACCACGGCGAAACGUGUUGGUCAACGGUAUUCAGAAACGCGUCGGGCGUGCUCAGAAACGUCAGCUCGGCCGGAGAGUACGCUAGGAAAAAAUUGAGGGAAUGCGAAGGUUUGGUCGAUGCGUUGCUAUUCGUCGUCCGCUGUGCCAUAGAUAAGUCAAAUAUAGGCAAUAAAAUUGUAGAAAAUUGUGUGUGCAUCCUGCGUAACCUGUCCUAUCGAUGUCAGGAGGUCGAAGACCCGAAUUACGACAAGAAUCCCUUACCGACCCAAAGUCGAGUGGCGGCCAAUUCAUCAAAAGGUGAAAAUUUGGGCUGUUUCGGCGGCAGCAAGAAGAAGAAAGACUCGCAAUCGUCGGAAACGAAGGAGAACAAUUUCGCGACGGGAACGUCCGGAGGCAUAUCGAGCGCGGCGACCAGAGGCGAGCCCAUUCGAGGCAUGGAGCUGCUCUGGCAGCCGGAGGUCGUGCAAUCGUACUUGACGCUGUUGCAGAGCUGCUCGAACCCGGAGACGCUCGAGGCGGCCGCCGGCGCCCUUCAGAACCUCGCUGCUUGCUACUGGCAGCCGAGCAUAGAAAUCCGCGCGGCGGUGCGCAAGGAGAAGGGCCUUCCGAUCCUGGUCGAGCUGCUCCGGAUGGAGGUCGACAGGGUCGUGUGCGCGGUCGCGACGGCGCUCCGGAACCUGGCCAUCGACCAGCGCAACAAGGAGCUGAUCGGCAAGUACGCGAUGAGGGAUCUCGUGCAAAAGCUGCCGGCCGGCAAUCCGCAACACGACCAAGGCACGUCGGACGACACCAUCGCCGCGGUCCUGGCGACGCUGAACGAGGUGAUUAAGAAGAACGCGGAAUUCUCCAGGUCCCUGUUGGAGGCCGGCGGCGUUGAAAGACUGAUGACCAUCACUAGGCAACGACAAAAGUAUACUCCGAGGGUACUAAAAUUCGCCGGGCAGGUCCUCUUCACGAUGUGGCAGCACCAGGACCUGCGGGACGUCUACAAAAAGCACGGCUGGAAGGAGCAGGAUUUCGUUACGAAGACUGUCGCCGCGAGGAACGCUGGACCUAAUUCGCCCAACAAUGCUAAUAGCACUUUGAAUCGUCCGAUGGCGUCCCAAAGCGGCACUAGGUAUGAAGAUAGGACUAUGAAACGCGCAGCGCCGGGUAGCCGAAGCACUGGUGUCUUCCAAAGGAACGACGAAAUUCCAAUGGCCGAUAUGGCGUACCCGGAUAGCCAAGCUGUUAUAGGGCGAUCGUACCCCUCCGGCCCAGGUCAAAACCCGCCUCCACCGGAACCUUUGUACGCCCAAGUAAACAUGGAGAAGAAACGAAACCGACAGCCGAGCCUUGGAAACGCCAGCCUUAGCCAUUUAUCCGAAGGACAUUCGCAACCGCUUUCCAGCGUGCCUGUUGGUAAAGAUUCUUGGGUGUAA